AUGGAUGUACGUAUGAUGCAUCAUUACUCUGCAUUUACAGGACCAAUUGUGGCUCUCGGACCCGAGGCUUGUCAUGUAAUGCAAUUUGCCGUUCCAUCUCUAGCCUUUGAAAAUGGGUUUCUUAUGAAUGGUAUGUUGGGACUGGCAUCCCUUCAUAACCAACAUUUACUUCCACAAAACGAGGAACAUAAACGACAAACAGCUCUUUACCGUGUAAAAGCAAUACGCGAUUAUCGCGCUGCAGUAAUGACUGUUACAAAAGACUCGAAGAAUUACGAGGCAGUUCUUGUAAUGGCAUUACUCCUUGUAGUGCUCGCAUCAGGAGACCGGAAUGAUAACGAUGAACUCACGGUAGUGAACUGGAUGGGUUUAUAUAGGGGAUUGCGUCUUAUCGUUUCGAUGAAAACUCCUGAAGGAGGUGUAAACACCACAACUACUGUCGGUCCAUUGUUCGUCCGAAAUAUAAAUGAUUUGCUCGCUACCCCCAUGGUCCCUAAUGUUUUAGUAGACAUGCUCUACAUGGAUCCUAGUGAUCAGGACUUCGGAGACUUGGAGGUAUAUUGCCAAACUUUGGAUACUCUUGGAAACCUUUAUGCAAGUCUUCGUCAGGAUGAACUUAGCGAACCCUUGUUCAUUCGUAUCAUCUCGUGGCCAUCUUUUACACCCCAGGCAUUCACGGAUUUAGUAAAGAACAAACGGCCGAGAGCACUGAUUAUUUGCGCUUAUUAUAUGUCCUUUAUCAAGCUCGUCUCCGGACUUUGGUGGCUUGAAGGUCUAGCGGAUCGUGAUCUUUUCGCCAUCAUUGAAAUGCUAGGUCAAGAUUGGAAUCAAGUACUAGAUGUCCCAAUGGAAAUUCUGCGCACGAAAGAGAAACAAAAGAUAGUCGAAAUACUACUCCGAUAA